AUGGAGACGACAGACGUAAUCAUCGUCGGUGCUGGCCCAAGCGGCCUUGCCCUUGCGCUCGCGCUCUCCUGCUACAAAGUCAGAUCUGUUGUCCUCGAGAAGAACCGCGACAUAUGUCAGGACCCUCGCGCAAUUGCCCUUGCUGGCGACAGCCACCGCAUCAUGGAGUUGCUCGGGAUCAGCUCGAGCAAGUUGUCUGAGUUUGGACAAACCCUAAAGGCGAUUCACUUCCAUCGGCAUUCGUUCAACAAUAAACCCUUCCUCAGCGUAGACAGUUACUCUGACUACCACGAUCAAAGCCUGCCAGGUGCCACAUUGAUCCUGCAGCCACGCCUAGAGGAAGAACUGCGAGGCCUCCUCCAGUCUUCGGAGUAUGCCCAGCUCAGAACCGAGUGCACCGUGACGUCGUGUCGCGAGGGCGUGGAUUCUAUAGAGGUAUCCUUCACUGCCAGUGACGGAGCUUCAACCGACUUGAGAGGGAGAUAUCUCGUUGGCGCUGAUGGUAAGCGAGGAAUCGUACGCAAAGCAUUCCUUGAGCCACGGGGGGUCGAACAGGCAGAAGGAAAGAUCCACUACGCCGCGAAAUGGGUCGCAGCAAACCUGUGCAUCACUAUGCCCACCCCUGAAUCCCAUCCAUACUUCCCGCUGUGGAAACUGGGAUACAAACCCGAGGAAGUUUGGGAUAUAUUCUGGCCGGAAGGUUUCCACUUCUGUAAUGACCCAGUGAUGCCCGUUGCAACAGGCAGGUUCGGUCCCGCUGACGAAAGAUUCUGGAGGUCUGGAGAAUCCAUCCACCCCCUAUUCCCCCUUGGACGUCAGGGAAUAAACCCCGAAGGUCCCGUCCGAUUCCCCUGGGAUUGCGUUGAGGUGUUGCGAUGUGCUCCCGCGUACUUCAGCCAUAGGGUAGUCAACCAAUGGUCUCACAAUCGGACGAUCUUGAUAGGGGACGCCGCGCACGUUUUCCCCCCUUUUGGGGCCCAAGGAAUCGCCAACGGCGUCCGGGAUUCCCUCGCGCUUUCGUGGCGACUUGCGCUGCUGUGCGAUGAGGGUUUGUGCACCAGCUUAUCGCUACAAUCCCACAAGCUACUCGAUGACUGGGCGCUCGAACGGCGAAAGGGAGUCGAUGAUGCCAUCACCAUGACCAUGCGAAACGGCGUCUUGCUCUCCAACAAGUCGGGGCUUGUCGCAGCAGUUUUGGGUGUUCUGGGAAGCAUCCUACGGUACCUGCCUCGAGUACGAGACGGCAUCGCUCGGAGAGCCUUGAUGGAUAAUGACGGGUACGCUGGCCUUGACCGCGGCUUCUUUCUGACAGGCCAGCACGGCGCUGGCAAGACUGCCCAGAUGUGGGUCAAGACGACUGACGGUCCGGUUCUGCUCUCAGACCACAUUUUCUGGAAGUCAGCCUCUAUCCUCACCGUCCUAGUUCUCGGCUCGGUUACAGCACAGGAGGCAUCGGAAUUAAAGCAGGUCAUCGACUCCGGAGACUUCCCUCCGCACGUCGUAGCCGAUAACGUUGUUAUUUUGCGCGGUGACGAAUCACCCUGCAACUCAGUGACGGCUCCGUGGAUCUCUGAAUUGUUCCCUUGCAAGUCUGAUGACCUGGAGAAGAUGGGCGUCUCGUUGCUCAGAGGCUACGAUCCGGCGGCUUUCCGAAGACGAUUCCUUUCCUCGACGCGCUACGUACUGGUGCGCCCCGACUUUAUCGUUUUCUCGCAGGCAAAGACAAUUGAAGAGCUCGCAGGACAAUUGCGGCAGGCAAAGGAGCUCUUGGCACGGCAAUAG